CCUUGGAAGUGUUUAUGGAAACAAACAUGUCGGACGAGGAAGCAGAGAGCGAAUAUUCACAAUAUCACGAAUAUCACGUGGAAGAACAAAAUCUACAGGAUAAUAUACUUGCUUUACAAAGAGUUGAAACACCAAACUAUGAUUUGUUCAGACCAUCUCUUGCUGAACAGCAAAAGAUUGGCUUCUUUGGCUUGGACCGUGCCACACAAACUGAAGUGUCUGAGAUAAUUGAAGUCAAGGAACUGACUGAAGUCCUGCAAGAAUUACUACAGGAUGUGAAUGCAUUGAAGAGAGACAUCCUGUUUGCAAAGCAGGUAAUGCAGGCAGACUAUGAGAGCAAGCUGGAGAGCAAAGCUUUGGAAAUGUACUGCAGAAUCAAUGAAAGACUGGAAGAGCUGGAACGACAACAUGAAGAUCGAGUGGAUGUGGUGAGACGUGCCUUCAAACAGCAAUUGUCUGAUGCUCUUGCUAGGAUGGCUGUAGUCUACACUCAAAACUUUGACACAAAGCUUAAGGCAGAGAGGAAGACAAAGGGGAAGAAUGAUGGCAAACAUGAUGAAAAGAUUAAGGAAAUGCAGGCCACCAUUCAGAGGAAUGAGUCCAUCAUACAAAUGAUGAAGAUGCAGAUACAGCAAUACCAAGCCAGGGCAGAUGAGCAUGACCAUUCGGCCUUCUCCACAGGCUCCCCUAGUAUUGACCCUGAACUAGAGGAGCUCAGAGAAGACAAAGUGAAGAUGGAGAAGAAGAUAGACAGUCUUGAACAUGCCCUGGAUCUCAAGGAAGAGACAACCACACAAUUAAAUUAUGAAAUUGCCAAAUUGAAUGAACAGUUAGAGAAAGAGAGAAUUCUCAUUGAACAGCUUAAAUAUGAACAGAAGGAGCAAAGUGCAAAACUGGAACAAGACAAAGCAUCCAAUAAAAGAUUGAUUGAACAGCAGAAGUUAGAGAUGGAGACUAACAUGGCCGAACAUCUAAAGGAAGCAAAACAGUCAAUACAAGAGCAGGCUAAGAGAGACAUGGAGUUGAUGCAGAAGAUAAAUGACAACAAGAUGAGAGAACUUGUUGAACAGAAACAGAAGAUUGAGGAAGCUCUUGUUAAGGAGAGGAGCAAAAAUGCCCAGAAACGUGAAGAAGCAUCAGAAUAUGAGAAAAUGAAAAAAGUGGAAGUCCAGCAUAAAAAGACAAUAGAAAAAUUGAAAAAGGAAAUAGAAAGAAUCCAUAAAACAUGGGAGAAAAAGUUUGCAAUUUUACAACAAAGUUUACAUGCACUUAAAGAUGAGAGUUUCCUGAGACAAACCAUGCAACGACAAGCUGCACAGUUACAUCAGGCAUCAAUCAGUUAUGCUAGUGACACUCCACUUGGAAUCCUCCCUAAUGGCAGAUCUCCAAGGAAAUCACAGCAGCCAUUGCCUGAUAUUCCAAGGACGCCUGUGAAGUCCCCAGCUGGAGAUAGAGACUACAUCUCAUACACAGUGUCAGCCCCUAGUGGCAGAGGAACUGGACUCUUCUCAUUAGAUGAGAACCAGGUUAUGUCAGAUGAAGAUGCAGAUCUGCCUCCUGGUAUGGUCCCUCUACCUGCACCUCCAUCCAGAAAACCUACAGAUUGUGGUGAUGAUAGUCGCCCCUCCACUCGAUCACAUGUUGUAGUGCUGCCAUCUGUUGAGGCCCAAUAGACUUACUUUAUUUAAAUUCUACCCUGUUUUGGUAGGAAUACAAUAUGGAUUUAUGCCAUGUCAUAUCUAAGUCACUAAAGUGCCUAACAGCAAGUUCCGUAUAUCUUAAGCAGUUAUACCACUUUCAAAGAGUAUGUGCCCUUUUAACAGUGAUAUUGUCAGACCUUUUAAGGCAAUGUAAAUAUGAGAAAUAAGGAAGGGCAUAUGAUUGAUGAAAGUGGAUUCCAACUGGAGUGUUAACGUGCAUUUCUUUAUUUAUUAUUUGUACUAAAGAACAUGAAUAAAAACAUUUCCAUGUACACCAGUCAUCGAUAAAAUCAUUUCGACCCAACAAUCCAUUCUCAAGGGCUGAUCUCUCUCCAUACCAUUACCAUAGAGCUUGAAAAUACACAUAACUUAAACUUUUACAUCAAUGGCUUUCUCAUUAUACACUUCCCUCCCAAAAGUUUAGCAACUAGAAGUUCCAUUAGGAUCAUUUAAACAGGUCUUUAACACUCUUACAAUGCCCAUUAGGGACUUCAAGUUGCCAAACUUAUGAAGGGUCGUGGUGUAUAUCAUAAUGCUAGUGUGUCGCAUAAAAUAUUGUAAAUAGCUGUAUAAAAUUGUAUUUAUUUUAUUGUAUAAUAUUGUAUAAAAUGUAUUUGUAUAUACAUAAUGAGAAAUAUAAAUAAAUGUAUAUUUGUGCC